AUGGCCACAACCACAGUCACUGGUCAUGGGCGCCGGUCAUCCAUGCGACAAGCUGAACUACAAGCGCAGGCCAAACCUUCCCCUCAACCGACGAGUAGUCCGAUCGAUGAAUUCCCUCCCUACGAAGAGACCCUUGACUCCGCCACGACUGGCCGCCCAAACCCAAGUCCCUCGGUGAAGUAUGCAUCCAAUGAUAUGUGGGAGCCACGGAAGUCGGCGUUCUACUUGAGAGACCACCCAAACGGUUCCAUAAGAAACCCCAAACAUCGGCCCCGGAAAAGCAUCAGCGAGGCCAUCACCACAAUCCGUGCUCGGAACGGCAGUAUGAGUGCCAACGCGCAUGAGUUAGCGGAGGCACUUCGUGCCCCGGUCUCAUAUCGCUUGAUUGGCCUCUGUAUGAUCUGGUAUCUAACCUCCGCACUUACCAAUACCUCCUCGAAAUCCAUCUUGAAUGCCCUCCCGAUGCCCAUCACGUUGACCAUCAUCCAAUUCGCAUUUGUAUCAUUCUGGUGUCUACUGCUCGUGUACCUCUCCACAGUGAUACCCAGGCUGCGACAAAGUAUACCGAUCCUCAAGCACGGCAUCCGCUAUCCCUCCCGGGAGGUGAUCUCCACUGCGUUGCCCCUGGCCGUUUUCCAACUAGCCGGACAUAUCCUUAGCUCUAUGGCAACCUCUCAAAUACCCGUGUCAUUGGUUCAUACGAUCAAGGGCUUGUCACCUCUGUUCACUGUUCUAGCUUAUCGAUUCGUGUUUCGCAUUCGAUACGCCCGGGCUACCUACCUGUCGUUAAUUCCCCUCACCCUCGGAGUCAUGCUUGCAUGCUCCACGGGACUGUCAACCAACUUCUUCGGAAUCUCCUGUGCAUUUUUGGCUGCCUUGGUUUUUGUGUCACAAAACAUUUUCUCCAAGAAACUCUUCAACGAGGUAGACAGGGCCGAGUCUGAUUUACAAAACCCGGCGCGGCGAAAGUUGGACAAGUUAAACUUGCUUUGCUAUUGCUCUGGUCUGGCAUUCUUCCUCACUUUGCCUAUUUGGUUCGUCAGCGAGGGAUAUCCCUUAGUAUCCGAUUUCAUCCACGACGGCUCAAUUUCUCUGUCCGGCAAACAAGGGUCGCUGGACCACGGGGCUUUGGUGCUUGAAUUUGUCUUUAACGGUGUCUCCCAUUUUGCCCAAAAUAUCCUGGCCUUUGUACUUUUGUCCAUGGUGUCUCCAGUCUCCUAUUCGGUCGCCUCUUUGGUGAAGCGAGUUUUCGUCAUCGUGGUUGCGAUCGUGUGGUUUGGAAGUACAACCACUUCCAUCCAGGCGGUUGGCAUUGGCCUCACCUUUGUGGGCCUUUAUCUCUAUGAUCGGAACAGCAAUGACGAUGUGGCUGAUCAGCGCGCCAACGCAGACCACUUUCGUGCGCGUGAAACGAUUCUUCCCACGAACGUUCGACAUUCUAGCACACCGUGGGACUCGAAUGGUUAUGCUUUCCCCGGUCCACGAUCCUUUGAAUCGUUUACGUCCAGCAAUGGCCAUGCUACCAGCGGGUCCAAAAAAGAAGACGAUGGCCCAGGCCGAAUUCGAACACGCGGAACUAGCGUUUCUCGGACCUGGCUCCCGGGGACCAAGCAGGAAUCAACAUGGCAAAGUAAUGAUUCUCCUGUAGCUACAUAG